AUGACCGAUACAAACUCAUCGCAAACGAAACAUUGUGAAAAGGUUAUCGUCGGCGGUCCACCAGUCGAGGAGAUUAAUGCGAAAACAUUCUGCAUUGCUGCUUAG